UCAUAGACGAGGGCGGCGGCAGACCUGAAAUGCAGAAUAUAUACAUCUGAUAUUGUCCCCCAGAUCGGAUUGCAUCCAUUUUCUCUGAGCGUUCGCCGCACUGUUUACCGUCCAUUUCAGUCAUUGUCACAAUGGCGAGGACAAUUGUGAUCCUCGGGGCUAGCUACGCUGGCGUCCCUAUCGCUCAUUACCUCCUCAAACAUACGGCGGCCAAGGUCAACGGCCUCAAGGUCAUAGUCGUUGCGCCCAAUACGCACCUCUACUGGAACUUUGCCUCAGUCCGCGGCAUCCUCCCAAACAUGCUGGACGACGACAAGCUCUUCUACCCUCUCGCGCCAGCCUUUGCCAAGUAUCCUUCGGACCGGUAUGAGCUUGUGCAAGGUGUGGCCGAGAAGGUAGACCCGAGUGGUAACGUUGUCCAAGUGCGUGGGCACGACGGCUCUGCCAGGGAGAUCAGAUAUGACGAGCUAGUUAUCGCUACCGGAAGCAGCUUCAAGAGCGACAUGCCCUUCAAGAAUCUGUCCUCGACGGGAAAGACUAAGGACGCCUUGCACGAUUGGGUGGAGCGCAUCAAGACCGCCCAGUCCAUCGUCGUCGCUGGAGCCGGCGCCACAGGCAUCGAAGUCGCUGGCGAACUCGGCCAGGAGUAUGCUGCAACGGGGAAGAAGCAGAUUACCCUCGUCUGCGACCAAGAUCUGCCUCUCAGCUCCAAGUUCAAGCGGGACGUGCGCGAGACAGCGAAGAAGGAACUCGAGCGCCUCAAAGUCAAGGUGAUCACCAACGCCAAAGUGACCGGGAACACCUCAACCAAAACAAUCACUCUCAUGAAAACCUCUGAGCCCAGCACGACCACCACGCUCACCGCUGACCUCCUGAUCCCGACAUACGGCGUCGUCCCGAACACCUCGUUCCUUCCCGCCUCGAUGCUCGACAGCCGCGGCUUCGUCAACCAGACCGCCGCCCUGCGCGCCGAAGGGUUCGACAACAUCUUCGUGGUCGGCGACGCAGGCAACCUGGAGGACCCCCAGGCCGUGCACACCGACGCGCAGGUGGUGCAUGUCGUCAAGCUCAUCGAGGCGCGCCUGCAGGGCCGGGGCGCGGCAGCGGUGCCACCGUACAAGCCGGCGGACAAGAUCAUGUUCGCGGCGACGCUGGGGCGGAAUAGGGGGACGGGCCAGAUGGGAAACUGGAGGCUGUGGAGCUGGCUGGUCUGGUUGGCGAAGGGGCGCUAUUUGGGGACGGAUUAUGCCGGCGCGCUUGUCAGCGGGGAGCGGACGUUGAGGGUGAAGGAUUGGUGAGCGAAGGGUUGGUGAGCGGGCGAUGUGUUCCGAAGUGCGAAGUUCUUCACACGAUUCGAGUGGUGUACGGGGUACGGAAUACUGAAUUUGGAUACCUCAAUGGAGCAAGGGAUGAAGCACA